CAAGUACACGGUUGCAAGUUUGGAAACCUUCGUUCUUUCGGGAGAAAAAAUAUCCAUGAAAAGAAGUUUUUCAAGUUUCGUACAAUUUUGCCAGGUCGUCGAACUACGUAAGUGUUUUUCACGACGCACCAAAGGCGGACAUGCAUUUCCAAUAGUUAUGCAGCUACCUCCACAUCUCUAUUUGUAGCGGGUGAUGAUCUAGUGAGCAGCAAGAGCCUCGAUCGAAUGUAUGAGAGAGAAGGUAACGUUGUUGUGCUCAUCUCUUUGUAACAACGGAACGGCAUCAGCUGCUCUCUAGUAGGGACCAGCGGGAUGGAAUUUUAGAUGUGAGCAAAAAGGGCAUGCUAGACUGAAAAACUUAUUUCCAUGAUAGAGGACUAACUGAGAUUUUUACCAGCGUGAUUUUUAUCAUUUGUCGAAACAAUUCCCUUUCCCCGUGCCAUCUUUUAUCUCACUUUGCGGAUUGUCUUUUUUCACCGUUGCAUUUGUCAUGAGCAGGAAUAAAGAAGUAGGAGCCAAAGUAUCGCUGUCAUGGUCGCAUCCGACUACCAAUAGUGGGACCUUGUUUUCAUGUGAGUUCACAUGAGGAGCAACGCGCAACUGCAGCAUGGUGCUCUUUUGCAUCACAAUAGCAAAGCGAUACGAACGGGCAAGCGGUAGAUUUGUGAUGACAGAUCAUGUAGUUUUGUGCUAAGGGAGGGUGGAAUUUCUUUUGACAGUGAUCCGUACCGGAGCGACGGGGAAAUCAUGCUGCGACGCGCGGCGCUCUAUGCACGGUAAGGACUGGGUCAGGGUCAAGGAUGAAAGCGCGCUAUUUUUUAUCAAGCUCAGCGCGUUUUAAGAUUUGCGAGUCAUUGCCGCUGCGAAGAAGAUUGUGAUGCAAGGUCGCAAAUACAAGCAGCGCGGGGAGAUAUGAACGCCUUUUGAUGUGUUCUUCCAGCUACUUAUGCAUGUCGAAUUUUAUUCAGUAUCUGUGGAACCGUGCGCGUGCCUUGCACAAAUUAGGAAUACAGGUGUAGCACGAUAAGGCGCAACCGACAGUGCUGUGGGAUAAUAUGUUGCAUGUGGGAAGAGCACGGCGAAGAUUGAAGUUUUUCCUGUUGACCCUGACAUGUUUUUUCUAUUGGAUACGCUCUUUGAGGGCCUGCGGCAGCUUACCAAAAUGAAAAUUGUCCCCAGCUUAGUGAUGCGUUUGAAAAACCCAACCAGACGGAUACUUGGUUCGAACUCCAGAAGAAGUUUCGGUCAAAAUAUCACGUACGUAGGCAGGCUUCAUGUUUUGUGGUGAGUGUGCCUCCUGCACCUGCACCUACAAGCACAAGUUUCUGGGGAGGACCACGUGCGCGCAUUUUUUGCGCUGGUUUGUUCGUACUUUUAGCACAGAAGCAGGCUAUUCAUCUGGUAAGCCUGGUGCUUUGUGUCAUAGGUCGGGGGACAAUUUUUAGGGCGAUACGAUUGGGAGAAGCCCAGCUGUCUAAAAUUCAGCCGAUCAGUACAACGGUGAACCCGCUGCAACAGGACACGGAUGAGGAUUGCUUGCACACGUUUAAGAUUUUGGCGCAGACUACUACGAAGUGCAUGCAUCCUAUUCAUGACGCUGAAACCUGUGAGUACGCGGCCAAGGUCUGCAAUCAGGCUCCGCUGGGGGUUUCAGGCACUCCUGCGGGUCCGCUUACAUUCCAUUCGACGACACCUGUGAGCGUGACCGCUUACCAGGGGUGCACGGUGACGCGCAACGCUUUGGUUCCUGCGGACGAUCGAAUUGUCCGUUUCGGCGGCGCGCCGGGCACGAGCGCUUCGCAACAAACCUCCUUUGGUGCUGCAGCCGAUCCAAGCGUAAAGCACAUUUGCUUCAAAAGCGAUCACAUCGGACAAGGCAAGUUUACCCUCCUUGGUCGGUCAUCGGCCGCAGUAGGGACCAAGGGGUUCUACCCUGCUGACUCGACAGCCAUUCCGCAAUGUCAAAUCGGUUUUGACGCACCCGCGCGCUACUGCAAUCCGGGGAACAUGACACAAAUGCCUCCGAUUGGGCUCGUCAGCAGCCUCAGUUCCGUGACUCCCCAACUUCCUCCAGCCACUGCGCCCGCCUCCUAUCUGUAUCGCAGUUGCCUUGUGGAGGGCCUGGCGAACUCUCAGGCGAAACAGCUGAACAUCCUCUCUGAGUUCAGUACCACCGCCACGGCUACCAAAGAACAAUUCAAGUACGGGUAUUUGGGGAACAAUGCUGCGUUACACCACAACCUUGGUGCCCCUGCCACUGAGAACCUGGGUCCGGAGACGAAUCUGGUCCGGAGCAUUUGCAUGGCCCGAGUGCCACGGGGCGCUUUUGAAGUGAUGGGCACGACGAGCGAGCAGUGUCAUCCCGCCUUUGACGUGAAUUCGACGGAUUGCAACUCUUGGAACGCCGCAAAAGUUUUUGGCACCGGACUCGCUGACGUUGUUACCACCGCUGCGAAUCAACCGUCACGUUUGAACUGGGAAGUGGUAUCGGACGCCGGUUCCACCAAAGUGCCGGCGACCACUCGCGGCUUCAGUGUGAGCCCGGUCGGUUUGAAUCCUUCCCUGGGUGGCGGGAAGGUUGGCUGUUACGUCAACGUCAAAAAUGACGCCGUGUCCGGCGAGGUUUUGAGCGCUGUCGCCACGCGCACCGCUUCCUACGCGAAGAACAUGGACGCGAAAGCCCGGUCCGUCUGUCUGCGGAGCCAGGUCUGCAGUUCCGGGACGUACGAAGUCUUACCGCCGGGACGCCAGUGCGCGUACGGGUUUGCAGCGAAGGUUUCGACAACAGGAGCGAAUACGUUCGCGCACGUGGAAGCCGAGAUCUAUUCGGACUGCUUAGUGUCGUUGGGGCCUAUCGGCAGCGGGAUGGAUCUGCAGCGGCAUGUGGACCCGUUGUCGACUGCGGGUGAUGUGGUGAUUGACGCGCGAACCAUGCAGGUGGCCGUGAUCGCGACAGACGGGAUACCCGGUUUGUACCAACACGCCGUGUGCCACCGCGUUCUGCCAUGUGGCGACAAAAACGUGGAAGUGCUUCCCUACGGCUCACAGUGCGCGGUGGAUUUCCUUACCAGCGCCGUCGCUUUGACCACGACCACGCUCACUGCCCUGGAAAGCGAUAUCAAAGGCUCCUGUUUCAAGCAGAGUAACUUUGUUAAUUUUAAUACGACAUUUGAUGCAAACUUGUUGGACACCGCCACUGGGACCGCCUUCUGGGCAGCUCAGGCAGCCGGCCGACCUGGUCACGUGGCACUCCGACAGCAGGCAGCGGGUUCCAUCGACACUAUGACCCUGGACCAGCGCGUAGAGGAUUAUCCGAUUUGUCUCACCUCGCGGCAGUGUACGGAUGCCACGGUCGCCGGUGCCACAGUGCCGGCGGAGAUUCUUUCCCCGGGGCAGACGUCGUGCAAGUCCGGCGCCCAAGGCGGGUUCGAGUUGAAUGCAGUAGAGUGUGCCGGUGUGCGUACGGCUUGCGGUGUGCUGGGCUCUGAGAUGGAGGUGUUCCAUCGGGAUGACAUGCCGCUCGGGUGCAGCGUGCUGGGGAAUUUUGCCGCAGUGCAAACUGGCGACGAGGAAAGCACGGUGUUGGUUUACAAUUAUGGCGGUGCACUUUACAAGUCCAAGAAAAUUUUGCCGCGUUUGAUGGAAAACAAGCUGAAAACCCGCCGAGUGUGCCGCCGCGAUUCGACGCCAGGGGCGACUUCCGCGCAUACCUGUGCGCACGACCUUGCCCGGCUCCUGCAGUACGCCCCGCAACCGGGAAUGUCGGACCGCGCGAGCAUGGUCGUGUCGAAGACAGUAUUCCGUGUGAGAACGUUCGCCUCCCACAUUCAUAUUUUCAUAUUUUCUCUUCACCAGUCCCAGUCGCUCGCUCGGAGUAAGAAAAAGAAUAAAGUAGGGAGUACCUCCUGAGUGAUAUUUUCAUUUUCCAUGUAGGUCCGUCUCGGUAGCAGGAGCAGGAGCAUGAAGGUGUGCGAUGCGCGCACCCGAGAGAGGUACCUACUGUGUCGCACAGUGGCCUUGGAGUGCUCUUGCAUUCAGCUUUUGUGUUUAUUCAUGCUCUAAUCCUCGCAAUCGUUCGGGAUCAGAAAGUAGCUCUGAGAUGCUGGCAAACUACUCGCUAAUCGAGACGACUGCGCCUCUGCAGGCCGAAACUUGUCAUUUAGAGCCUGCAGAGUUUGCUUGGGAUGGGUUUUCGGUUUUUAUUCCUUACAUCCAAACUUAGACUUAGAUCUUGAUCGUGUCUAUGUUAAGGGGGGACGUUUUCGCAUAGGAUAAGUUGCGGGCUCGCCCGCCGCCGAAGUGGGUGUUGCAAGUCAGUACUAUAAGACCGGCGGGACCAACACGCUCGUUCAUUUCGUUCUUCUGGAUCGCAACCCUCUUCCGGCGUACGAGGGGUGCAUGGAUGUCGUGAGCUUCGCCGUUGGAACAGCAUCUUUGACAGAUGUCGCCUUCACGGGUACGGCGACACCUCGCUCAGCAUCUUACGUAGCCUCAGAAAAAGGCGUCUCUUCGAUGUGUGGCAAGACUGAGCUUGUUCAACGUGUUGCAUGUGACGUUCCGCACUCUUUUUUUCGAUCUCUGAAGAUGAAAAGUGCAAAGUUUCGUCGCAGUCGUGAUUGUAUGUGGCACGAGGAGAGUGAUCCUAACCCACUUCGUGAUAUGGAAAUGUGAGUGCCUGCGACGCAAUAAAGAACUAGCGCCCAUUAAUAUUUUGCCAAACGAAAAGCAAAUCAAAAGCAGCGCACGUCGUACAAAGCUCUGUCUUUGUCCCUAGACAUUUUUUUUUCGUUUGAUAAUUAGUAAACACGCAAGCGAAAACCUCUAACAACGGGUUCGCAGUUUACCGGCCCAACCUCGCUUAUGACGCCACCGCGAUGACUGGGACCGUCACCGCAUCCCCUGUCGUUUUGUACUACAAGUUCGAUGUAGCUACGAAUGCAUUGAAGACCGAACUUGCCGUCUUCACAAACAAGUGCGUGUCCAUGGCGCAUGUCACACUUGGGUUCAAAUUUUUGAACGCUGCCAGUGGAACUGUUGUUGCUUACACCGUUUUGGAUGACAAGUUCUACACUGUGCAGGCCCUGACAGGUUCGCAAGACACCCUGGUGAUGACGUUCUACACGGAUAACCUGUGCGAGGUGCCAUUCAGCGCGGCAGGGGCUCUUACGGGUGGCGUACGUCAAUGACGAUUGAAGCAUCCAAUUCAAAAGUGGCUUUCUGCAUGUCGAUGCUUUUUCUGCUGCAAUUAAUCGAUAGAUAAGGAAGUAGAAGGUGAGGGUCGUCUGUUGGUGCAUAGCAAAAUCCUUGUAGUGUUUGCCCUUGCGAAGUGAUCAUCAAGAGCUUUAGUGUAGUGGAAUGUUGACGAGAGGGGCGCUCGAAUAUGCCGAAUCAAUUCACAAAUUAGGAGAGAUGCCACUUGCAUCCUGAGCUUUUGAAGAUAAACACAGACGUGUCUCUUGCUUGCUUCCGGUAGAUGGUGGAAGCAUCGAUGUGUUACAUGCAAUUAUUGCCAGUUUUGGAUGGACAAGAUUUUUUGUUUGCAGAGAUCACGGCUACGGAUGUGCCGUCCUUCUCGGAGCAAGUUCCAUCACAAGUGUACCGCAUUGAAGAUCGCCCGUACGCUUGAACUCGAAAGCAUUUGCAUCGCAAAGCUUCCCAACGUAAACAUUCAGUAUCUUGUGCAUGCUCGCAACACAAAAACAAAUCCUCGCCACGAAUGGAAGCAAAAACUUGUUGGAAAAAGACUCACCAAGAUCGGGACUUGUUACCCAGGGGCAACAAGCUGUUUGCCUCACCUAGAAUCUCAAGCCAAAAAGCCCCCCUAGCUGCAUUUGUUGCGUCACUUUUUGUCUACCUUCACGCAUACCACUACCCCGAGGGGUGAUGGAUCCCGAAAAAAAUGCGAGACAAAUGAUGUGAGGAUAAUGGCGAAAAAAACUUCGGAUUCGGGGCGCUCGAGGGUGUUGGUGGUGGCUUCGGUCGGCUCGACUGCGCGACCUGGAAGCCUGGCGGAAAGGGUUCCAAAGGGUUGCAUUUGUAGUCGCGCUCGGGUCAGCAAGACAAAAGGUUUUCAUUUGUGGUUAUCUCACAGGUUGCGGUUGUGGUUGUGUGCGAAUUAGCAAGACAGGAAGUUAUUUCCGCUGGAAGCUUUGCAUCAGAAACUUGUCGUAGUUCUGGGUGUCUGGGUGCGCUUUUUCUGUCCGAUAAAGUCGAGUUCGCGGUCACUGGCUCGUUGAUAUCACGUAGAAAGAGCAGUGUCCGGCUCCCGUUGCCUACUUACAGCAAUUCACAGGGAACACAGGAGAUCCGUUCCAUCUCUGUCUUUGAAUGUGUAUGCAUGAUGAAGACAACUUCGCGUGUUGCGUAGCGCUUGCGAGAAAGUACAUUGCGUCCUUUCGGAACAAAUGCAUGAUUUUGGACGAAAGCGAAGCUCUUCUUCCGCGAAAGGCAGUGCCUCAGGCUGAAUCUGGGCGUGGUAAUCGGACACUCUCUUUUUUUGGCGAUCGCUUGCUGCAAACGCUGGAAUCAAUUACGUUGACGAAAAAUUCCAGACGAGACGUGUGGCCGUUUCGAAAACCAAAAACGUUUUUCAGGUACCGUUUCUCGCCACUCCAGCGGGUGUUACUUAGUGCUUUUGUUCGGAUAACUCUGCUGGCUGUAGUGAUCCUCUUGUACUAUUGUUUGAUUCUGCGGUGCCAGCGGAAAAAAAGCGAUGCAAGUUGGUCUCUAGCAGCAGGUCUUUAUAUUGUGUCUAUGCGCCGCAGAUGCACAUGCAAUUGCAAAGCGAGCAAAAGCGAUGCCUAACGAGCAAAAUCCUGAGGGAGAAGGAGUACUUACCAAAAAUCAUUCGCCCCGACUCUUGAUGUGCAAGAUGUCCAUGACGAUGUCUGACAAGUGUAUCCCGCCAUACUCAAGGGGACCGUGUCGUGUACUCAUUACUCUUUCUUAUGGAGAUUCGCGGCAAAGAAGUUCUUCUAUCCGCCCGCUCCUCUUUGAGUUCGUGUGGGCUGCGAUCACCAUCGGGAGCUCACCAGCAUGCGAACCUACUUGAAAACGUCGGGCUUUUGAUAGCUCUGCAUCACACGACCUAUUUAUUUUCUUUUUUAACUUAUAUAGAAAUGAUUUGCUAUUUAUCCUCACUCUCUCACUUGAAAUACUUAUACGAUUCACUGCACAAUCAGGGAGCCUAGGAGGGCCACUGGAACUUAGUACAAGAAAAUAACAUCCACAGGUCUUCAAGUACAGUACCAGCACUCCAUGUACGACUGCCCUGGUACCAUGCCGAAAAAUGCGCGUCCGCCACAGUAAGUAUCUAUUUCUCUGUCAUGCGUCUGUAUAGAAGAAAUUCAGUUCACCUUGUCGUCCCAAAGAAGAUGCUGCGGCACAGCAUGCGCGCACGACGCAAGCAGCCAAACCUUUGGAGCUUUCAGCUCGAUGGGCGCUGGCCAGUCGCAAUGAUUUUGGCCCAGGUCUGCUUCCAUGCCGUCGUUCGGCGGGUCGGGCUAAGGUGGCUUCCAAGGACCUCGCCCGAAGUGCGGCCCCAUGGCGUGUUUCGUGUGGCGAUUACUUACGUAGUUCGCGGAUCUGACUACCCUGCCGAGGCCUCUCGGUGGCUACUUAUAUAUUUCGUAGAAAAAUAGAUACUGCGGCGGCUGCGCAAGCAUUUUGCGGUCUGAUACAUUGAUACGGCGGCGUCUGAAGUUUUUCAAAUUGGCGACAAGUUUUCUGUCAAGUUGCCGGCGAGUCCGGUUUCCGCGGAAACUCCGGCGUUGGAGCAGCUGCCGCACUCCUGUUUUUCGCAAAACGUGUGGGACGCGACGAACCAAAGCACCUGCAAGACCAACGCUUGCUACACCGCCGUCGCCAACUACAUGACCAGCUGCGGCACAAGCGUGGAAAUGCAGGCCCUUGCCGAGAAGAAGGCCACUUGCGUAUGAAAAUGAAAGGAAUUCCUGCUUCCCGACACCCUCCAAUGUUAAGCCUUUGUUCCGUGGCAUGACACGGCAGCAGGAACGCACCUCAGAGUCACACGCCCUUGCUACUGCCCUGGUACGGCAGGGCGUGACUGACAGAUCUUGUUGACAACGGCUCGUUACAGUACUCGAGGAGUUUUCAAAGAUGGCCGCUGCAUGCGUGAAGGGCUUUGUUGAUGUUGCAUGAAUAACUGUAGCUAUAGCUACCUCGCUCGGUUGGAAGACGUUUGCUCCAUCGCGGUCGUUUCGAGUGUACAUGCAUUUUUCGCGUAUCUGCAUCCGAUCCUCUCCGACAUGUCCUUACCCCUGAAGAACUAUUAAUUUAUCACGCUUUCUCGGCCACAUCUCCCCUGGAUGAUUGUUCGCACUAUUUAGUUGCCUCGUCUGAAGAACAGAACUACCGAUGAAUGAGAGGGUGAACAAUAGGGAAGCAGGGACGUCGACGUUUGUUUCAUACUGCGACGCGUCCACGCCGGUUACUACGCCGGCCCCCCAAACUUGUUUCGCCAGCGAUGGAAAGCUGCAGGUUUCCGGCACGUGCUACACGUGCCAGACCUCGGCCGGGGGGGCUCUGGUGCCGUGCACCUGUCCGCCGGGUCAGUACCUGGCGCAACCCGCCACGGGCACCGUCGCUUCCUGUGCUCCGAUUCCGGCAGGGUAUUACCAGCCGUCUGCGGGCAUUCACUUUGGCAUGGGAACCGCUGCCACCAGUGGGAUCCCGUGUGCGAACGGCGAGUACCAGGACAUGACCGGCCAGACUUCGUGCAAGAAGUGCCCCGUUUAUGCAAUGUAAAUUUCCUGUACAUGUACAGAAUGCAUGACAGAUUUCGCUAACUUGCUGUGUCCAACUUGUCAUGCUACACUAGGAUUGAAGGCAAGUUUUGUCAUGGAGAGACUGCAUUUGUACAUGUACAGGAAAUUUACUGUGGAUACCGUUGUCGGAUCCACCACCAGCCCCGCGAGUGGCGCCACCGCCGCCACUGCGUGCGUCCCGCCGCCGACGACCGCCGCACCCACGGAAACGACCACCGCUAAUCCGGUGUUUUCCGCUGUGGACCACACGCACUCGGUCACCGUGGAGGAUUCCGGCGAUGAGGAGCUGCGUACCUGGACGAUCGUCGGGUUUGUCGUGCUGGGUUUGCUGGUGGUGGCCAUGUUCGGGUGCAUGCUCUCGCGCGGCCCGGGCGGCGGCGGCAACGCGGCCAUGAGCGGGGCGCCCCAGCUGUCCCGUCAGGCGUCCGCGGGCCCCGGGAUGCUGAAGGGCUCGAUGAUGAUGAAGGGCAAGUCCUCGAUGAAGGGCGCCGGCAAGUCGGGCAUGAUGUCGAAGGGCUACAAGUCGGGCAUGAAGGGCCUCGAGUCCAGCGGCGAGGAGUCCGUGGAAAUGGCCAACUGGAAGGGGGGGAAGCGCAGCGGCAGCGGCUCCACGCCCCGUGGCAUAUCAAAUGCAAAAAUGUCUGGGUCUGGAAACUUGUGAUGCUGUGUGGCGUAUCAUGAGGAGGCGACAAUUGCUGGCUCAGCAUGACAAGUUUCUGAGCUCCUAGGUGUUGCCUAUUCUGCAUGACAAACUACGUUUCUGCAUGACAGAAUAACCCAACAAGGCAACACUGGAGCUCCACCUUGCUCGAGGGCUUGGAUGGUAAAUCAGGUCAGCCACAUCUAGCGCCCACUGGCCGUACUCAUGCGUAAGCAAUCGCAAGCGGUUCGGCGGAUGCGGUCGGGUGGUACCUGUAGGACGUGGAACGGGUGUCCACCUAGGGGUAUUGGCAGAGGCUAAAUCUGUUCUAACGCCACGGUAUUGGCAGAGGCUAAAUCUGUUCUAACGCCACCCUGACAGGAGUCAAAUGUCAAAACAACAACAACAUGCAUGACAGAAAAGUGGGGCUCUUUGGUAAUGUGCAUGACAGAUUUAAGAGUCAUACCAGACAAGCAUGACAAACUUGCAUUCUUCCAGACCCAGACAUUUUUACAUUUGAUACGGCAAGGGCAGCUACAAGAAGGGCGGCUCCAAGAAGAAGGGCGCCAGCAUAUCCUGACAAAAAUGCCCGCCUCGUCCGAAUCAUUCAAAAGAAGAGUUCAUCUAAUAUAUGGAUUUGCGCACGUUGUAAAUUUGUCUUGCAUACAGCGAAAGCUGCAAUAAGAAGAGUUAGUACCCCCGGGAGGUGCAUGAAGAUUCAUUCUGUGGGCGGUCUGUGUUCUUGCGUUUGUGCCUACAGCAGCGAGGUCACUAGUCUUGCUCGGCUGCUAGUACACACCUGGUAAAAAUGCCUCGUAAGCAACGCGACCAUUGUGCUAUACAGAACUGCUCUAUGACGUACUUAAUUUACACAAAUGUGCGUCGCAAGUUUCCGACUUUAGUACGUCGGCGAGGGCGGUUUUUUCACUUUGAUGCCGCAUCUACUCCGAGGACGACGAUGAUGUGACGGCGUCCGACCGCUCAGAAACCCCGCGUUCGGGAUAUCAAAUUGAAAAGCGCCCCGCCCUCGGAGGUUGCAAUAAGUGACUCACCUGUAGUACUUUUUUUUGCAUGAGGCUUUAUCUGAAUGCAAAAUGACGCUGUUUCCACCAUGCAUGAGAGGACCGCCACACUACACAGCCAAGCUUGAUGGUUGUCCAGCUUGUGCUAGGUGCGGUAAGCAGGAGCGUCGCUUUCCAUGAGAAGCGCAGCUCUUGUCCCGGGCCUUGUUGCGAUAGAGCUUUACAGUAUCCACUCGCCCUUAAGAUUUGUAUGUGCUCUUGUUAUAGUACAUGUGCAAAAUGGCUGCAAAUGCUUCAGGUUUGCGGUUCAAGAUGAAAGACCCCCCAUGGUGGGGUCGUGGGACGCUUUUCAAUUUGAUAGCGGCAGAUCGGGCUCCAACUCGAGCCGCAAGGGCAAGAGCGGCAAGAAGGGGAAGGGCAAGUCGGGCAAGAAGCCGUCGGCGGAUGCCCGCGCUGGCUCCGGGUCGCGCAGGAAGAAGGCGGGCAGCGGCAGUGGCCGGGACGACUAGAUGAAGCUACGGGAGGUCGUCACUAGCCUGAGAUUGUCUCGGGCUUUUUUUCUUACCGAAAUGUAGUUCAUUUAGUAUGUUUAUGUACACACAAUCUGAAGAAGAUCACCGCGCAUUAACACAAGUGGAAGUUGUUGACAAUCAAACCAGAUCUUUCUACUAGAGUACAGUAAUUACUUAUCAAAAAUCCAUCAAUUUGUUUGAAAGAGAGAGCGCCAUUCUGUUUGCAGCCUAAGUUAGAAGUGCGCGACUCCUCACAGAACGACACAAACCGCCCCGUCCGCCCCGAAAAAAAUGGGCGCACCGAAAGUAAGUAUCCGGUUAAAUUGCGCAAAUGAACAGUACGACUUGCAUUGACCACAGCAGAAGUACAAUUUUGUAAUGGGAGUUUCUAUCGUUGUAAAUUUUUAAACUCACCUAAGUUCGGCAUUUGAAUUUCUCGUCCCUCUCGAUCAUGAUUUAUCGGCCUUUUUGACCACGUUUAGCAUAACAUACUUGUAUCCAUUUCAAUUUAUUUCUAUUAUUCCUUUCUUUCCGCGCUCGAAAAGCAAAUCAAAAUCGUACUACAUUUCAAGCACAACCUGCACCGACAAAUUUCGACAGGACGGAUAAGUAAAAACCUAUUAUAGCCGUUGCCGCGCACGUUGACCGACGGAACUACUACGUGUAUCGCCACCCAACGCAUCGCAUCUGCUGCAAAGAGGUGCAAAUACGUAUCCAGAGCGAAAAACCUACCCACGUCCGCUCCGUUAUGCUGCAUGCAGAUUUGCGCUUUUAGCAGGAGCAAUUGUAUUGGGUUGCGUUAUUUUGUAUUUGUGGUUGGGAUGGGGAACAUGCUCCAAUUUGUGUCAUAAGGAAAGCCCGUGCUUGCUCAUCCAUGACACUUCUACACUAGUGACUGAGCUUGCUCAUCGGCGCGGCUCUCUAGACGAAAACUUGUCAUGAUGCCCAACUCGCAACAGCUUUAUAAAAAUAUAUUGACUGCUCGUCCGGGGUCGUGGGUACGUUUGUCGUCGGGAUAAGGAGUAAGUACAUCGAUAACAGGCGGAAAAACGUGGAGUUUCUUUAAAAGAACAUUAACUACUUUUUGCGGCUUUUUGUUUUGACCUCAUUCAUCUUGCUCGUUAUUUCCUUUGUACUUUUAUUGUAUCGUUAUUUUUUCAAUCGAAGAAUCGCAUGUCAUUUAGCUCUACACUACGCAUUUACGUUCUUGAGGUUUUCCCUAUCUAUCACCCGUUGACUAGAAGAUGACGAACUAGUAUCGCUACCGGAGGACCAUGUCGUGGCGGGCGCACACUACAAUGCUUAUGAUCUAAGUAGAGCACCACCUGUUGUUGAGAUCGUCAACUAACAACUUUCUUCCGCGCCCUCUCGGCCGGAAAAGGACAGGUGGAACAAUGCUUAUUAUCGUAGAUGCACCGGCAAAUGUACAAAGCAGUACGCUCUUCAUGUCACUAUCACUCAUGCAGUAGAAGAAGACUGUUGCACUUUCACUUACAGUGGGGGAGCAGCUGCUCAGAAUAACUACCAACGGUGCCCGCGAGAAGUGAUAGCGCUUGAAGUGUACUGUAGCUGUUAAAUGAGUAACAUGUCGGAAGUAUUUUUGUAGUUUUGUGCCUCGUUGCAAUUAUAACGCCGAUGCAGCUAUUGUCGCUGCAGUCACAAAAUUAGUCACCCAACAGACUAUUUCUCCGAUGGUAAAGAAGCCUACGCAAUCAUCUCAUGUCGAAAAAGAGUUCUUUUUUCACACAGCACGAUGCGCCAGCUCUUUGUCUCACCCCGCGCUUCUAGUACAGCAUUGCAGUAAGAAUUACAUAGAUCUCACCUAGCAACUACGAGUACGACCCCGAUUUGAAGCAGUACCCCAAGGGUUCCGAUCGCAGCAGAACAAAUAGAGUUCGUUAAAAGUUGUACAUGCUCCUGGAGGUGGCCGCAGAUGCACAGGUACUUACUUCGAGUUGUACCUAUGUCCUGCUAGUGAAAGACCCACCAAGAUAAAAGUAUCGAACUGUGGUGCCGUCCUCUACUUUGCGCGAGUUGACUUUCGUCAACCGCCCUGGAGACGAAGGAUAAGUCUUGGAACCGUUUUUACACAACUACCAUCUCUGGAAGCUUUUUUACUGUUGCGUCGGAGUCCGUGAUAUUAAGAUUGUAAAAAAAGGCGACAGGCAGCAUCAGCAACACACAAGGGAACCCCUCGAGGUGGUCCGGCCGAUGAGCAUUUCUUGAGAACUACAAGCGAAACAGGGCAGCGUCAAGCUGCACUGCCCAAGUCCAGGUCCUUGCGCAUCCCGGGGCUGCGUGGUACGCGUCAAGCUUCCUGUUUUUCGAGCCACGCUAUCCCGAAUGCGGUAGGAUCACUCGGACUAGGACGUAGGAUUCGCAUGAAUGCAUAUUCGCGCACGGAAAACUUCUCCGUCCGUCCCGAAACUCAUUUUUUUUUCACCCGUCGACUCCUGCUUACUUUAUUUUUUUCAGUCUUUGCGCUGCUUGCAGACCUUCUACUCGCACAUUUACAGCGUGUCUUAAUUGUUAUUUUUAGCUCAUUUUAAGAGUCAGUUCUACGUGUACCCACUCAAUGAGGCCGAAGGAGUGGCGAAGGCUUCGUCAGGCGUGCUGGACUUCCUCGACUGACGAAACAAACAUGAGUAGAAAAAAGUGCCUGGCUCCAUGCAGCUUUUCAUGCUAUCCUGGCAAGUAGAAGAGAAGGCUCUGUGCUGCCUAAGGCUGCUUGUGCAGUACUUUCUUUGACUGACACCAACACUAACAAUAUGAUAAAAAACGAAGAGAAAUUAUAGUAACAGGAGGCGACUUGUUGAUCUUGAUGCCAGAUUAGGUAGUACUUUAUUCACCUUCCUGGUGCCGCUUAUUUCGAUUUCCUAAUCAAACUCGCUCGACGCCGCAGCAUUGCGGCGGUCGCGCCAGAAAAAGUUAAGGGGCCACACGGAUCGAUGAUAUUGCAAACGUCUUGAUGCUGCUCAAUAUAUGUCGUUC